GUUUUAGAUUUCCUUUCAUGAUAUCGGCUAUUCGAAUUUCAUCUUAAAACAAAUUUCGAGCGUUUAGUACCGCUUGGACUAUGUAUCUGUCGUGGUCGUCAGUCUUGGUUCCAACGUUCACGAUAUAUCUUUCUUCGUGAGGAAUACUUUCAUCGAUACGAAACGGUUGUUGAUUGCUAUCACUGACGUAGCGCGAAAAUCUGCGGAUAUUUCCGACAUCUCAACACAAACGGCUUAAUGGAUGCACGACAAGCUGCACAGUUUGGUAAUGUAUCAAGACUACAGGAACUAUUAGAUUCUGGAGAAUGUACUCCGGAUACGUUGGAUGCUGACGAUUGCUCUUUACUACAUUGGGCGGCUAUUAACAAUCGUUUACCCAUAACUCGAAUAUUAAUCGACCGUGGUUGCAAUGUUAACGCAGUCGGUGGCGUGCUUGCUUCAACACCACUCCACUGGGCAGCACGACAUGGUCACACUCAUAUGGUUGCUCUAUUGGUUGCUCAUGGAGCUGAUCUCCAUCUGAGUGAUGUUGAAGGUUUUACUCCUCUUCAUGUUGCUGUACAGUUCGGAAGAACGUCAACAGCUGCAUAUUUGAUUGCUGCGGGACAGUCUGCCGAUGAAAGGGAUGAAACAAUGAUGACACCGGCAAUGUGGGCAGCGUAUAAGAUUUUCAGUCGCGAUCCUCUCCAGAUGUUAAUAACAAUGGGUGCCGAUUUGUCUUGUACCGAUACAACUUAUGCAAAUACGGCUUUGCAUUGGGCUGUGAUACAGGGCAAUCAUUCAGCAGUUAAUGUUUUGAUAAAAUAUAAUGCGGAAUUAGUGCUUCGUAAUCGUGAUAAUGAAACUCCUCGUGAUAUCGCAACACGACGAGGCGAUGUAAUUAGCGCACGGAUUUUGGAAAGAGCUGAACGCAGGAAAGGGCUGAUCUCUUCGACUUUCAUCCAGUAUGUGAAGGAAAAUGAUGUAUUAAUAUCACGAAUAAUGUUUUUUCUACCGGUUUGUAUUAUGGUAGCCGUGGGUAUAAUUUUGCACAUUAUUUUGUCGUAUACAGUUAAGGCUUUAUUGCUAUUACUAGUUGGUGUUCUUGGACGAACUGUUUACAGAUUACUCGCAACAGAUCGAAGUUUCUACAUCAUACCUUUAGGCGCAGCAGUUGCGUCAAAGACUAUUUUAGCAGUGACUUGGCUACUGUAUUUGCAUGCCUUUGCUGGGUGGUAUGGGCAAAUUAGUUUCUUCAUCUUUGUAACAAUUGCACCAGUAUUGUUUUUGUGGAUUAUUUUUUCCGAUCCUGGUAUCAUCACCGUAUCUCAUAAAGAACGUUGCGAAAUGAUACGCGAUAUGUGGGAAAAGGAAAACCAAACAGCAUUCUCAUUUUGUAGCACAUGCUUACUAAAAAGGCCAGCAAGAUCAAAGCACUGCUCAGUGUGCGAUCGUUGUAUCAAAAGGUUUGAUCACCAUUGUCCAUGGGUCCUGAAUUGUAUUGGAGAAAAGAAUCAUUUGCAUUUUGUUUUUUAUCUCGGUAUUGUCAUUGCUUCUUCACUGCAGUUCCUCGUCGUAACUUUCCACUGUAAGCUCCCUUCCUAUGCUUAA